GUCGCAUCGAAUCAUUUUCAUGUCAGAGGGUCUCUUUCUUACAAAGGUGUCCAUCCCGCCAUCGAUGGCCAUUCAUUCGAUAGAGUAGCGGUCCAUCCAAUGCAUUGCAACGACAUGCUCACUCAUCCACACAGUGCCGUCGACCGGAUCGCUCCUCCGGCAGCCAUUCGCUUCCCCGUUGCGUAGGCAUCAUGCGACUCACAUCGACACAAGCCGCACGAGACCGACACAGAGAGGGACGGACAGCUGCUGGAGGAACAGUCUCCCAUCCACCCAGGUGACAAGACGCACAAGACGAGACGCCCCGGCAAAGAAAAGACCGACUGACCAAACACAUAGAUACUUGCCCACAUCAGGACGUCAACUGUCCCCCCUCCUCCUCUACCCCCUCCUCCUCCUCCUCCUCCUCCUCACACACAGAGGGACGACUGCACACGCUGGUGGCUACGCAUCGCCAGCUGCAGGGCCACCUGAACACCCACCCAAAAGACAACACAACACAACACAACACAGUGACCACACCAAUCAGGCCAAGCCCGUGUUGGUGCAGGAGUGAAUGACGGGCGCGCCUCAGGUACCCACCUUGCUGCCGCAGCACUCGUAAUUUCUCCCGAACGGCAGCGAGCCUCGUCUCCUCAUGCUCCCUCUGCAGCUUCUUGGGGUCCGCCAUAGUCCCAGCCGCUGUGCCUCUUCCGGCAGGACACCCUCGGCGCUCCAACUCACACUGCAGGAAGCCGAUACGACCUGAAUCAAUCAGACAUACACAUGCACAUACACAUACACAUACACAUAAGCGCACAGGCCAUCAAUGCAUCCCAGCGGUGCGUACGUGCGAUGUCGUAGGUGGCGUCCUCCAGUCUGUCGAUGACCGUCUGCCACCACGCAGCGGGCAUCUCCCCCAUCAGCUGCUGCACCUCCGGCAUGUUUGUGGCUGAUCCCCCUGACCAGUCAAUCACCCGCUGCACCUCCUGAUCACAGGUCUCUCUCUCUACGGCCCCCUGACUCUCACCCGCCCCCUGACCCUUCCAUCCCUCCUUCACGGUCUUAUACACCACCCACCCCACCACCUUGUUCUUGAUGGCCUCGUCGUUCUUCAAGGCCGGCUUCUCGCGCAGGACAAAGGCCAACACGCCGCCCUGGAAGGCCUCACGCCGGUCGCCGAUUGCGGGGUAAGAGGGGGGCGGGGCAGGCUGUGAGGGGGGAGGGGCAGGCUGUGAUGCGUACGUGUGGACGGUCCCAGCUGGUAUGGGGUAAUACUGUGCUCCCCAGCUUAUGGAAGGAAACUGGGCGGGGUAUACAUCAUAAGGAGCGUCAAGGGGGGAGCGGGGAGUGGGGAGGCUUGGGGGGCUGAGAGGAGGCGAGUUGAAGUGCUCCAUGAUGCGGUUGAUCAGCAGGUCGGCGUGCUUCUCCAUCCCGAGGUAGUUGCACAUCUGCCACAGGUGUAGCAGGCCCGCCUUGGCCGCCUCGUCGUCGGACUGGUCCGCCGCCGGGAUGUGGAGGGCUCCAGGGAGGCUGCGCAUGUACUGGUCCAGCAUGCAGCCAUCCCCUAUGCCGUGCAGCGUGGCGAAUGUGCUGAUGUGGCGGAAUGUGUUGGGAUGAAUGUUGGGCAGGUUGAUCGUCUGGGUGUCCCUCUCGCUGCAGGCCAUAUCGCCGUGUAACAUCCGCUCGAAGUGCGGCGACACAUUGACAAGCAGCGACUUCUUCUCAUAGAAGAUCUCCUUCUUGAGGCCGACGAUGAGCUUCACGUAGCCGUCCUCCUUCUGCGCCAUCCUGAGGCUCGGCACUGAGUCAGGCAGCUACUCCGUCAGUCUGCAGGUAGGCACCAACCACAGCAGCAACGACAUCCAUCCAUCCAUCCGCCCUUCCCACCAACGUCACGCAUUCGUUGCUCACCCUUGCCGUCGUGAUUCGAUAUCAGCAGCAAUGCUGCGGCCUCUGUCUUUCAGCUAUAUAGGCUCCUCUUCCAGCCAACCAGCCGAGAGGCGGCACGGGAGCGAUGGGCGGGCUGGAAUGUCGUCAAAACAGAGGCUGGACCAGCUGGACGGCUGGUUGACUCAUCAGGUGCGGACCUAAAUGGGGCGGUGAAAUAAGGAGUUCCUUGUCGGAAUGAGGACUUCCUUUUCGGGUGAGGAAUUCCUCAUUCGGG